AUGUCGAAGAUGAAGUUCGUUCUGGAAGACCAUGCACUUCAAAAACGGAAGAAAGCGUCGAAAAAGAUAAUUGGUAGUGAAUUAAAUUUAAAUCAUGAAACUGUUCACGACAUUUUAACCAAGAACUUGGGUAUGCGAAAAAUUUGUUCGAAGAUGAUUCCAAAGAAUCUCACAGAGGAGCAGGAAAUAUGUUUAGUGGUGUUCUUUGGUGUGGAAUACAUGGUGAGGUUAUGGAGUGCAGGUUGCAGAUCGAAAUACAUGGGCUGCUGCGGUAGACUCCGUUUCAUACGGAAACCGAUUUGUAUCAUAGAUUUAAUUGUGGUGGUCGCGUCUAUGGUGGUAUUGUCAGUGGGAAGCAAUGGUCAGGUAUUUGCAACGUCUGCCAUAAGAGGCAUUCGAUUUUUACAAAUAUUGCGAAUGCUCCAUGUGGAUCGACAAGGUGGUACAUGGCGACUUCUCGGUUCCGUCGUUUUUAUUCAUCGUCAGGUAAGUUUCAUCAUUAUCUUUACAUUCAAUACAUUAAUUAUUAGACUGCGAAUAUUUUUGUAUUUAUAUAAUGACAAAAGUGCAGAGGAUGCACAUUAUAUGCAAAAAUACAUAAAAUAUCUAAAGUUUAUUGGUCCUGGAAGUAGGACUAAAGCCAGAGAAAUGCAUCCCUCCACCGUGACUGAAUCACCACCUCCACAGUGA